UGUGUAAUGUAUAGGGUUGGAUUUAGAAUUACGUCGCCCGAAUUUGAUGAUACUAAUUGCGUCUGUGUGGAAUCUUGGAGAGUCUUGAUUAGAAUACCUUUAAGUGAUUUUUGCUGCCGGAACAGUGUGUGAAUAGUGUUACAGUGCAGAUUAUCCGUUAGAAAUCCGUUAAUUUUUUUAUUUUUUAUUUUUACGUGAAUAUUGAAAACGUUUCGAAUAUAAUUUAAUACGGACGUAUAAGUCACAGAAGAAGCGUGAAUGUCUGUACCAUCGCUUCUGAACGUGUUGAUUAAAUAAUAGUGCUAAAUAACAAAAACAAAAAGGAAGAUUUUUCUUUAAUCUAUUUAUAAAUUGGGCAAAUGGAAUAUUUGAUCGCCUUUGAACUGGUCCAAGUCAUCUUUAUAAUUACAAGGAUUUUCAAAUAUAACAAAGCUGCGGUUGUAGCUAUUUGAAGAUACACUUCUUCAUCGAAGAAAUUAACUCUUCUAAUAUCAGAUUAUAUGAUGUCCAAUAACCAAGAGCCUCGUGUUGAAUUUAUUGUAAAGCCGGCUAAAACAGAUUUCAAGUGAAGAAAAGGGACAAGAUUAGUGUAAUAUUUGUAGAUAAGCAUUUCAAUGAGAUCCCUGCAAUAGUAGAGGAGACACAGCUAUACCUUAGCUAAUGGCUUUGGUGUACUUAUAUGUUACAUGCCAAAAAUCUUUCUCGAAGAUUCUGCUGGGUGGAAAGAGUUUGCAGCAAAAGUGCGAUUGAAUGACGAUGAAACUCUUACUGAGAAUAUGCGAGGUGUAUAGAAGAAUUUUAUACCCUGAUUCAGAUGCUUUGAAGCAAAUGUUGAAUCUCAAUCAACCCCUAACUAAAGCAGUUGCUAAUGAACCUACAUGGAAGGUACUUGUGUAUGACAGGGUGGGACAGGAUAUUAUUUCCCCCUUAAUAUCUAUUAAGGAACUGAGAGAAUUAGGAGUUACACUCCAUGUCCAGUUGCACUCUGACAGAGACCAAAUUCCUGAAGUGCCAGCUGUAUAUUUCUGUGCACCCACUGAAGAGAAUCUAGGUCGCAUUUGCCAAGAUUUAGAUAAUGGGGUCUAUGACCAGUAUCACUUAAACUUUAUUUCACCAAUAACAAGACAGAAAUUGGAAGAUCUUGCAGCAUCUGCCAUACAGUCUAAUUCAGUUAUGAGUAUACAUAAACUGUUUGAUCAGUAUUUGAAUUUUAUCUGUUUAGAGGAUGAUCUAUUUAUUAUGAAACACCAGAAGUCUGAUUCAUUAUCUUAUUAUGCCAUUAAUAAAGGUGAUACAAAAGAUACAGAAAUGGAAGCUAUCAUGGAUGAUAUAGUAGAAAGUUUAUUUUCCGUUUUCGUAACACUAGGCACUGUACCAAUUAUUCGAAGCAGUAAAGGAAAUGCUGCAGAAAUGGUUGCAAAGAAACUAGACAAAAAGCUUAGGGAGAAUCUUUGGGAUGCUAGAAAUAAUCUUUUUCAUGGAAAUGCCGGGCAAGGAAGCACUUUUAGUUUCACUAGGCCCAUGUUAAUACUAUUGGACAGGAAUAUAGAUAUGGCUACACCCCUACAUCACACUUGGACUUACCAGGCCCUGGCUCAUGAUGUACUCGAUCUUUCACUAAACAGAGCUGUAGUACCAGAAAGCUCUGGUCCAGCUUUACCUGGACAGAAGGUGAAAACCAGAACAUGCGAUUUGGACUCCAAAGAUCCUCUCUGGUGUGAACAUAAGGGCAGUCCAUUCCCAACCGUUGCUGAAGCGAUUCAGGAGGACCUUGAUAAAUAUAGGAGUUCAGAAGCAGAAGUGAAAAAGUUGAAAAGUUCCAUGGGUUUAGAUGCAGAUAGCGAUUUAGCUCUUAGUCUGGUCAGUGACAACACUCAGAGGUUGACAAGUGCUGUCAACUCGUUGCCACAGCUUAUGGAGAAAAAACGGCUAAUCGAUAUGCACACUACUAUAGCUACAGCUAUACUAAACGUAAUAAAAUCCAGGCGCCUGGACUCGUUUUUUGAAUUGGAAGAGAAAAUAAUGAGUAAAAGCAGCGCAGUGGAGAGCAAAACUGUACUAGAUCUUAUCUCUGAUGAGGAAGCCGGUACUUCAGAAGAUAAAAUGCGUCUUUUCAUCAUAUAUUAUCUGUGUACGUCGCAAUUAAAUGAUGAAGAAUAUAAGAAAUUUGAGGCCGCUCUCCAAACGGCCAAUUGUGACAUCCAGGCUAUGGCGUAUAUGAAGCGAUUGAAGAGCUUUACAAAGAUGUCGAGCCAAUAUGAAGGUGGUGGAACAAAAACAGUGUCGAUGUUUUCAAAACUUGUGUCACAAGGCUCCUCAUUUGUCAUGGAAGGGGUCAAAAACUUAGUUGUCAAGAAACAUAAACUGCCGGUAAGUCGCACAGUGGAGUCCGCGUUGAUCGGAUCGGGAGAUGAUUUGACUUGGUUCGACCCGCGCACGGCGCGUACGGACGCCGCGGCUCGGGCCAGGGCGACGAGGCAGCCGCCGCCUAAUGACGCGGUUGUCUUCAUUGUGGGCGGUGGCAGUUACAUCGAGUAUCACAAUCUUGCCGAUUUCGCUAAGCAACAAGCGGCAAAUGGAGUUAAUAGAAAGAUAAUUUACGGAGCAACUACACUGCCAAACGCAUCGCAAUUUCUCAAACAACUCUCGCUUUUGGGUGAAGAACUACAGUGAACAUUCCUUAUUAAUAGAAUGUGUUAGAACUAAGUUACCGUGAGUUCAACAGAACUGAAUAUUGAGAUAUAAUAGGCGCUACAACCCUUUUGGCCUCAGGUUGCAUCAGUUCCUUUGAUCAUUUUUAUUAAAUAGACAAGUAGGUUGGCCUUCUGGCUGACACUGUCGAUUUUUAGAUUUGAGACAUGUCGCAUUCCUCACUAUAUUUUACUUUCCGUACGAGUGAGUUAGAUGCGCACAUAGACAAAGUCCAUUGGUGCCAAGGACAUCUAUUCCUAUCACCUUAGGGAGGAGUCGCACUUGAAGCCACGAGGCCAUCACUGCUUUGGAAUAUCCACUCUUUGUUUAGCCAAAAAAAGCUACUGUUGGAUACUUUGUAAUAUAAUACUUUAAGUGGUAUAUUCUAGAAAAUGUGUGCUUAGGGUAAAAUAUAUUUUCUUUAAUUUAUUAAAAUUUAAUAUUUAACAUUUUGGUAUAACUUUCAGCUAGCUCACGGUAACCAUAAUAAAUAUAUUGAUUAAAUCAAAACUUUCAAUAGUAAUUACAUGAAAUUACCAAUUUCAAAUAAGGUUAUGCAAUUUUUUAUUAUAUUUAGUUAAUGUGUACAUAAAAUAUAUAUGCUGUGGAUAAAAUAAAAAAAACUAUU